CAUUUUAAUUCCUCUCCUUCGUCGUAUUCGAGUUAUAUGUUGUAACACGUCGUAUUGCGUGGAGGUGUAAAAACCUGCGGCCCUAAACGCAUCAUUUUAAAACCCGGAAGUGUGUCGUCAUUAGCAAUAAUAAAGCACCUGCUUUCAUGGAAGCGGAUCUCAGCGGUUCUGUUGUUGUUCUCAUUUAGACUGUGGCAGCAGGUAUAACAAGCCCCCACUGUGUGAAAGACGCGGACGUGCGUGUACAUUUGAGUGUGGCCGUGAGUUGCGCGGAGUUUAACUGGAUUUUUAAACCGUUUGUCCAGCCUGUCGUUAGCCUUUAGCCUGUUAGCGCUGUCUAGGCACGCGUGUUGACGGGAGGGCUCCUCGUCCUCGCUGCGUAAACCUAAAAGCGGUAGUUCUCCUUUCAGCGGCUGACCCUGCGAAGCAGACAUCUUCAUAGGCUUCUCUUCCAAUUCAAAUCACCACUAACUGCCAUGGAGUCGUGCGCGUCCGCAGGCUGUGUGAACAUGGGCAAUCUGACCAGCACCUUGCCAGUGAUCCGCUAUCAGAAGCUGACCGACCUGUACUACCUGAGCAGAGGCGGCUUCGGUACCGUGUUCAAGGCGCAGCACUCGGACUGGAGAACCACUGUGGCCAUCAAGUGCCUGAAACUCGACUCUCCUUUCGGGGAAAGGGAGAGGAAUUGUCUGCUGAAGGAGGCAGAAGUGCUCCACAAAGCCAGAUUCAACUACAUCAUCCAGAUCUUUGGCAUCUGCAAUGAGCCGGAGUUCUUCUGUAUCGUCACAGAGUUUAUGAGCAACGGCUCUCUGGACCUGUUGCUCCAUGAGAAAGACAUGUACCCUGUUCUGGCUUGGCCUCUGCGACUGAGGAUUCUGUACGAAAUUGCUCUUGGGGUUAAUUUCCUUCACAACAUGAACCCACCCCUCUUACAUCAUGACUUAAAGACACAGAACAUACUGCUGGAUGGUGAAUUUCACGUAAAGAUUGCUGACUUUGGCCUUUCAAAGUGGCGACAGCUGUCUGUCAGUAAAGGAUCGGGGCCUAUACCCACAGAAAUGGGUGGCACAGUGAUCUAUAUGCCUCCUGAGGAGUAUGAACAAUCCAAGAGCCGCCGCGCUGACGUGAAGCACGACAUGUACAGCUAUGCCAUUAUUAUGUGGGAGGUGCUGUCCAGGCAAAUACCAUUUGAAGAGGUGACAAACCCCAUGACGAUCAUGUUCCGCGUGCUGCAUGGGAUGCGUCCAGACACAAGCUUGGACAGCCUGCCCGUGGACAUCCCCAGCAGAGGGACCCUCAUCAGUCUAAUGACCUGUGGCUGGACCGCAAACCCCGACGAGCGACCCUCCUUCCUCAAGUGUUUGAUUGAGCUGGAGCCCAUGGUGAGAAAUUUUGAUGAAGUCGAGUUCUUAGAGGCUGUUCUGCAGAUCCAGAGGUCGAAGUUAAGGCAGAGAUCAGGCUGCUGUUCAGCUCAGUCGACAUGUGAGAACAUGAGUGAGGAGGGACCCCGGAACAUACUGAACAACAGGCCCAGCCCCUGGCCGGAGAGCAACAUAUCAGGCCCAGGCUCUUGUUCCUCCCAGGACACAGACAUUUCUCUACCAGGUGCCCUCGUCAGCAGUAACACUGACUCGUCCAAAGAAGAUGACCUGCCAUGCUCAGCCAGAGCUCCUUCUCUGGAGCCUCCAGGGUCUCUGAUUGAUCAUAACUGCUUCCAAUCCACCAGGGAUAUGAAUGAUCUGAAUUGUCCCACCAAUCUUGACCUGCCCGAGUGUGAAACUCAACUGGACAAACUCGCCCUCAAGCCGCAGCCCCUGCAACAAGAUUACUUGCCACCACUGCAGCAGUCUUCGCCCUCACCGGGCCCCAUCACUCAGUGGAUUGCGACACACCGCGAGGCGAUCGUCUGUCAGAUGACCGAGGCGUGUUUGAACCAGAGCUUGGACGCCCUCCUGGCUCGCUCCAUGCUGAUGCGAGAAGAUUACGAGCUUGUGACAAACCAGCCCACCCGAGCCGCCAAGGUCCGUCAGCUCCUGGACAACUGUCACAGGCACGACGAAGACUUUUGCCACAUAGUCGUCCGCAAACUGCACGACAACAAGCAGAUGGGCCUGCAGCCGUACCCCGCUGAAAUCAGCUCUCCCACCACAACCCUUGUCCCCAACGCGCCACCACUGUCUAUGUCCUACAAUAUCCCCAGGAACAUUUAGUGGCAGACACAGUCAAACAAUGCAGACAAAACUAUAGACUCAGGAUGGGGACUAUGUUUGCAACAUCAAAAAAACAAGGAACGGCAGGGUGACGAGUCACAGAGACAGUGUUAAUGUCCUCUCAACAAUCAGAUGGAUUUAGACUCUGUGUUAUCAGAUGAAUCUGUGAGUUUUAUUCAGUUAAACGUUAAUCAGGUGUCUUAUUUAUAGUGUUUUUAUACUGAAUGGAUGUAUUACAGGGUUUAACUCCUUUUUGGUAAGUGAUGCCUCGUUGUCUUUGAACACAGCGACCUUUAUCUUUGUAGCUGAGGAUUUGUGUGCGCAAGUGUGCGCAGCCUUCUUUGUAGAAGAAACCCAUGUUCUCAGUUGAUCUGAGACGGAUACGGGUUGACUGUUGGAAAACCUGCAGCAACAUUACAGUUUAGUCUUACUGUAGUAGUAAUCUUAUGUUAAGUUAUGGUGGCGUUGUGGCGCAAGUUGGGGCAUAAAGUGUCUGUUUUUGUCUGGAGCGCAUUUACCUAUAAUAAGAAGGUGAGAAGAUGAAAGAAAAGUUAAACAAAAGAUCUUCCAAUUGAUUAGGUUUUAUCCUUGUCAGUAGUGACCUCAUAUCUUUGUGUUUAUGAUUAUAAUUGAAAUAGUGUUCACCUGAGACACUUCAAGAGUUCCACUUCUUCCAAAUGCUGUGGGCAAAGGUUAAAAACCGUCACAUUUAUGAACCUACUGAGCAGAUACAGGGUCCAGCCACAAAGUAUUAUCAGCAUUCUGCUUCAUUAAUUCCUCUAACUCUUUAUUUAUUCCGCCCACUCAUUAAUCACUAACACAUCUGUUUAGUGUCAUAUCUUAAAAACUGUAGCACAAAUAAGUUGACUAAGUCUAUGCCUAAUUAUGUCAUUGUUAUGAAACCUAUUGUUUUUCUGUUGAUUGAAUAAUGAUUUUUAUUGUUGAUGUAAAAGGUUUGUCAUUAA